AUGGCGUCUGCUGCUUCAGCGCCGUCGUUCUCCCGCGGAACCCGUGAUGCGCAGGCUCAGCUCCCGCACAUCGUUAUAUUCCCGUUCAUGGCCAAGAGCCACACCAUCCCGCUCACCCACCUCGCCCACCUGCUCCGGCGCCGCCACCUCGCCACCGUCACCUUCCUCACCACCCCGGGCAACGCCGCGUUCGUCCGCGCCGCACUGCCCAGCGCCGACGACGGCGUGGCAGUCGUGGAGCUCCCCUUCCCCGACAACGAUAUCACCGUCCCUGGCUUCCCGCGGGGCGCCGAGUGCGUCCAGGCCCUGGACUCGCUGUCCUCCUUCCCGGCUUUCGUCGAGGCCGCGUCGCUGCUGCGGCCGCGGUUCGAGGAGGCGCUCGCCGCCGCGCGGCCCCCCGCCAGCGCCGUCGUGGCGGACGCGUUCCUGCACUGGGCGCAACCCGCCGCGGCCGCGCUCGGCGUCCGGACGCUGGCGUUCUUCGGCGCCAACGUGUUCGCGCACGUCAUCCGGGAGCUGUGCCUGCGCAACAACCCGGCCGCGGCGCUCCGCGGCGGCGCCACCGUGUUCACCAUGCCGGAGUUCCCGGACGUCCAGUUCUCGCUGGCCGACAUCCCGCUCCCGUUCAACGAGCCGGACCUGACGGUCAUGGCCUCGAUCCGCAAGAUGGACCGCAAGAUCGGGAGAGCCAUCGCCGGCAGCCACGCCCUGAUCGUGAACACCUUCGACGCCAUGGAGCGCCGCUACAUCGAGCACUGGAACCGGCACCUCGGGCCUAGGGCCUGGCCUGUUGGCCCGCUCUGCCUGGCCCGACCGGCGACACCCGUUUCGGGGCACGGCGGAGGCGCACCGGCGUGGAUGCGGUGGCUGGACGAGAAGGCGGCGGCAGGCCGCGCCGUGCUCUACGUCGCGCUAGGUACGACGGCAGCCGUGCCGGACGCUCAGCUGAGGGAGGUCGCCGGCGGGCUGGAACAGUCAGGGCUCGACUUCCUAUGGGCGGUGCGCCCCGUGGACGCCGACCUCGGCACGGGCUUCGAAGAUCGUGUCCGAGGGAGGGGCAUGGUGGUGCGCGAAUGGGUGGACCAGUUUGCCAUUCUCCGGCACGGCGGCGUGAAGGGAUUUCUAAGUCAUUGCGGGUGGAACUCGGUGACAGAGAGCAUCAGCGCCGGCGUGCCGCUGGCGGUGUGGCCGAUGGGUGCUGAGCAGCCGGUAAACGCAAAGCUGGUCGCCGACGAGCUGAGGAUCGGGAUAAGGGUGCCGGCGAAACACGGCAUGACCAGCACAUUGGUCGAGAGCGAGGAGAUUGCCAGGGUGGCCAAGGAGCUGAUGAUCGGAGAGAAGGGUGCAGAGGCGGCGAGGAACAUGGCCGCGCUGGGGUCGAAGGCACGGGAGGCGAUGGACGAGGGGGGGUCGUCGUGGAGAGCGGUGGAGGAGAUGAUCGCUGGGCUCCGUCAGCCGGCAUAG